GGCUACGACGACGUGCAACAGUCGUUCUUCCUCGCCGAAACCCUCAAAUACGCUUAUUUGGCCUUUGCGGACGAUUCCCUACUUUCGCUGAACUACUGGAUUUUCAACACUGAAGCUCAUCCUCUUCCCGUCCUUGUUUCUUGA